AUGACUGAUGAGGAAGUCCCAGAGGCCCAUGGAGGCACUCAAGGAGGUGUGCAGGUCCGCAGGCACUGGCACCAGGUGCGCGUCUUCCACCAGAACGUCUUCCCCAACUUCACGGUGGUGAACGUGGAGAAGCCGCCCUGCUUCCUGCGCAAGUUCUCGCCCGACGGCCGCUACUUCAUCGCCUUCUCGUCCGACCAGACCUCGCUGGAGAUCUACGAGUACCAGGGCUGCCAGGCGGCCGAGGACCUGCUGCAGGGCUACGAGGGCGAGAUCCUGGCCAACGGCAACGACCAGCGCUCGGUCAACCUGCGCGGGCGGCUCUUCGAGCGCUUCUUCGUGCUGCUGCACAUCACCAACGUGGCGUCCAACGGCGAGCACCUGAACCGCGAGUGCAGCCUCUUCACGGACGACUGCCGCUACGUCAUCGUGGGCUCGGCCGCCUACCUGCCCGAGGAGCCGCACCCGCCCUUCUUCGAGGUGUACCGCAACAGCGAGUCAGUGACGCCCAACCCCCGGUCGCCCUUGGAGGACUAUUCCCUGCACAUCAUCGACCUGCACACGGGCCGGCUGUGUGACACGAGGACCUUCAAGUGCGACAAGGUCAUCCUGUCUCACAACCAGGGGCUCUACCUCUACAGGAACAUCCUGGCCAUCCUCUCCGUGCAGCAGCAGACCAUCCACGUCUUUCAGGUGACGCCCGAAGGGACCUUCAUCGACGUGCGGACCAUCGGGCGCUUCUGCUACGAGGACGAUCUCCUGACUCUGUCGGCCGUGUAUCCGGAGGUGCAGCGGGACACGCAGACGGGGAUGGCGAACCCCUACAAAGAGCCCUUCAUCAACUCUCUGAAGCACCGGCUCUUGGUUUACCUGUGGAGGAGGGCGGAGCAGGAUGGCAGUGCGAUGGCCAAGAGGAGGUUCUUCCAGUACUUUGAUCAGUUGAGGCAGCUCCGCAUGUGGAAGAUGCAGCUGUUAGAUGAGAACCACCUGUUUAUCAAAUAUACGAGUGAAGAUGUGGUCACCUUGCGGGUGACAGACCCCUCCCAGCCCUCCUUCUUUGUGGUGUACAACAUGGUUACCACAGAGGUUAUUGCUGUGUUUGAGAAUACUUCAGAUGAGCUUCUGGAGCUCUUUGAGAACUUCUGUGACCUCUUCAGGAACGCCACCCUGCACAGCGAGGCUGUCCAGUUCCCCUGCUCUGCCUCCAGCAACAACUUUGCCAGACAGAUCCAGCGCCGGUUUAAGGACACGAUUGUGAAUGCAAAGUAUGGAGGGCACACGGAAGCCGUGCGGAGGCUGCUGGGCCAACUCCCGAUAAGCGCACAGUCUUACAGUGGCAGUCCCUACUUGGACCUCUCCCUUUUCAGCUAUGAUGACAAGUGGGUUUCAGUCAUGGAACGGCCCAAGACAUGUGGAGACCACCCCAUAAGAUUCUAUGCCCGGGAUUCUGGCCUCCUGAAGUUUGAAAUCCAAGCUGGACUUUUGGGUCGACCCAUCAAUCACACUGUACGACGCCUGGUUGCAUUCACCUUUCACCCCUUUGAGCCCUUUGCCAUCUCAGUGCAAAGGACUAAUGCAGAAUAUGUUGUUAACUUCCACAUGAGGCACAGCUGCACAUAGUACAGUCCACAGCUGGGGCAGCUGCUGCUACCAAAUACAUGCUUUUGAUAUGGACACGCCAAAGCCAGAUGUUCAUGUCUUCUGGGAUACCAAACCGUCAUUCACUGGAAAAAACCAUGACCUGGAAGCUCUUACCAACCACCAUAAUUUCUCUGGACUGAUACUGAUUCCUCUUGGCUGAUACUUGCAGGCCAGCCAGCUCCUGAAAGCAAAUCCUGCUGGGUUCUGAAGGGGCCAUCUUGACGGGAGAUUAGUCAUGUGAAUGCUGCUCUUUAUCAUGAUCACCUGGUUUGCACUGUUGCAUUAAAUCCUGUACCUUUUUUUCCCUAUGCUUAUUGGCAAACCAGAUGUAGCUGAGGAACCCUCCUGUUUCCCUGAGAGGCAGUUCCUUUUUCUCUUGCAUUGUCUGUUUUGUGCUAGCACAGGCCAAGCUGUCUGCCAUCUACAUUGAAUGCUUCUUUCUGUAUCGAUGCCCUUCCACAUUUUUGAGAAAAGUAAUCCGUCUGGAAGGGGGAGAAGAGGAGCGCAGCAGGGUGGUUUUUUGUUGUGUUUGAAAUUUCAGUGAUAACAGGGAAACAAAAAUAACUCUUGUUCCAGUUCACGCAGUGCACGCAGGCUACUUCAAUAUGCAAGGUGUGAGAGGAGAAAGGCCUGUGAGGAGCACCGUUAGAGCAGGUCCCGGAGUUCAGAGAGGCGUUCCAGACCUGAUUCUUAUGCAAGUCACUUUAUGUGCCUUAGUUUCUGUAGAGCAGUGUGACCCCUGGAGAGGGAAGGUGGUGCAUUAAUUCAAAGGGAAGGAAACUGGAGAAGUUGACUGGGGAGUUAGAUGAGCUGGAGGCUAGGGUGGGAACUAGGUAGUGAAUAGCAGGGAUGUGAGAGAGCUUUGGAGAUGGAUGGUCACUUUUGGUUUUUUUGUUUGUGGCAAGAGACUUGAUACCUUAAGGGGAAAUGCUGAACACAGGGAACACGUCCCUAGUAGUAUUUUCCCCUUCUCUACUACCUGGAUUCUGCUGUCUGGGUGAGAAAGGAGGGGCAGCCACUGUUGCCCUCUGUCAUUGGUUCUGGGUGUGCACAUCAGAUUGUGGGGAACUAGUUUAGAUUAAGUGCAUUCUGGGUUUUGCACAGGGAGACUUCAUCUGUAUUGCUGGGGACUUGUUGCUGGAGGUUGGACUUUUUGCUAACUUGAUGUUGUCUAUCCUCUCCCAUGUCACACACUGUUCUUUGCAAAAACUGGAAGUGACAUGGCAAGAGGUUCCACUUGCUGGGAUCAAAGCACAGCUGUUUCACAUUACAUUCAUUGCAAGCUUGAUCUCUGCAUUAUCUGCAGUGCCUGAAGGAUGAGCUACGGGAUUUCAGUGAAGAUCUGAAUCCAAAUGCUUGUGGGUCUGAGCUUGUGUACUUGAAAUGCCAGCUCACCUAGUUCUGAAGCUGACUAGGUGGUUGGCUGCACUUUUACUUUAUACAUCAUCCUAGCACUCGUAUAUCUUAUGUUGGUUGUCAAAGAAUGCGGUCCUCAUAGGUUACAAAGACCUUAUGAAAAGUGCCAGUUUGGCAACAUGGAGACUACUGUUGAUCCAUUCAUGUGACAAGCACAGCACAGUUAGUGAUGGGGCAAGCGUGUCCUUGUGAAGGUGCCUGCUUUGAAGGAAAGGGGACUUGUAUCUCAUGGACUACUGAGAUUUUGGUAUCUUUGCUCUGCUACUAACAUUGGGGCCAGUUGUGUUAUAGUUACUUGUCCACUAAGGAGGUUGUGACAUCACAGAUUUUUGUUACAUAAUUCACUGAAUAGCCAGCAGUAUUUUUGGUACUGUUGACCUGGCAGCGUUUGGAUACCUUAUUCCCGAAGCCUUGAGCCAUCCCAUCCCCUAGAGAUUUAUCAACCCAGAUUCUGUAGCCCAGAAUGCAAUUUCACAGUUUUAGGGAUUUUCCCAUACAACCUCUUUCUCAAACAACUUUCCAUUAAAGCUUGGAGUAGGGAGUCUUUGCACAUUUCAUCUCCUUGUUGUAGCUCAUUGUAGCUGCUUGGUAACUGAAUUAUCACUUCCUUAAUACACAUGCACUUGCCAAAAGUGUUCUAUCUUUAUUACUGUCUUGUUGGCAAUAUGUUUUUUUGGUCUUUUCCAAAGUACUCAGCAGCUCUGACCAUGAUUCAGUUAACUCCUUGAUGUCACUAGCUAGUACAUCUAUGACUCUCUGAUGUGUUGACUUUCCUAAGCGGAAUAUAUAUAUUCUGCUUAGGGAAGGGCAGGAACCAUGGGGCACUGAACAGGACAUGGGAUUUGGAGACAUUCCUCAUUCUGCACUAAAUUGAUGUAUGAGUGUCACUGAGUAACUUCCUGUCUCUGUGCUGCUGCUUCCUCCUCUGCAAACGGAGAUGACAUAUUCCUGCCUCUGGAAGGUGCUUUGAGACCCAUGGCCAAGAAGUGCCAGAUAAGUGCUAAGUAUUUUCUUAACUUUUUUAAAUGACUUGACUGAUUCUUCUGAGGAGCACUGAUUGCCUUGGUGCAGCACUGGAGAUUCAGUGCCCAGGGUUGCUGCAUUUUAUAUCUUGAGCAAAAAGUUGAUUUUACUACAGGAGCUUAUUGAUAAAGAAGCCUCUCCCUGAGUCUCACACUUAACGGUCUGACUCUUUUAUUUAAGACACAAAAAAUGUAUGUGUGUGUGUAUGGGGAAAAGGGACAAAUAUUUUCUGCUAAUAUUUUUAUUAGAUUAGGAUGAGAACUUGUUAGCCACACAAAUAAACAGAAUAAAUGAGACCUUGUUUACAA